UUGAUUAAUGAAAUGAUUGCCAUUCCCAGUGGGACGCGUGUUUCUUGGCGACGAUUUAAAUACUUGUUGAGCAGCUUUGAUUAUCACCCCAGUCUGCUUGAAAACGAUCAGAUAAUUAGAACUGUCGCCAGCUAUGACAACUGCCUACCUCGGUACAAUUAUUCACACAAAGUCUUUUGGAGAGUUUGAGUCCUUCCAAAAUGGGUUUAUUGUGGUGGACAGCAGCGGAAAGAUAACAGGUGUUGGUAACGACUAUCAGGAAUGGAUUUCCAGAAACCCGAACACAGAUCUGACCGAGGUGACCCUAUCGGACUAUCAGUUCCUGAUGCCGGGAUUCGUGGACUGUCAUAUACAUGCACCCCAAUAUGCGCAAAUCGGUCUGGGACUUGACAUGCCGCUUUUGGACUGGCUCAACACGUACACAUUCCCGCUGGAGGCAAAGUUCUCCGACCAAAAACACGCCCAGCAGGUCUACAAGAACGUUGUCUCAGCAACGCUCCGCAGUGGAACCACUCUGGCUUCCUAUUUUGCAACAAACAAUCUGGAAUCGACCUUGAUACUAGCGCGGGAGGCAGUGCGUCAAGGCCAACGGGCGCUAAUCGGCAAGGUAUGCUCCAAUUGCAACAGUCCCGACUACUACGUGGAGGACACGGAGCAGUCGGUCUGUGCGACAAUAACUUUUGUUGAAGAGAUGAAGAAGAUCGGUAGUCCGCUUGUGUUGCCUACGAUCACGCCUCGGUUUGCUCUUAGUUGUAGCAAGGAACUCCUAAAAGAGCUUGGCGAUAUUGCAAAGCGGUUCGACCUUCAUAUCCAAAGCCACAUUAGUGAAAAUCUGGCUGAGAUCGAGGUCGUAAAGGACAUCUUCAAGACAAGUUAUGCUAGGGCCUAUGACAACGCUGGACUUCUUACAGACAAGACGGUCAUGGCGCAUGGCGUGCAUCUGGAGGACGAUGAGGUCGAACUUCUGAAAGCUAGGGGUACCUCUGUGGCUCAUUGUCCAGCUUCAAACACGAUGCUUAGCUCGGGACUGUGUGAUGUCCAGCGGUUGAUUAAUGCUGGCGUGACCGUUGGCCUUGGCACCGACGUUUCUGGUGGAAACUCUGUAUCGAUUCAGGACGCCUUACUACGAUCGUUGGAUGUUUCAAAGCACCUAGACUUCUUCAAGAAGCAAAACAUACGCGGUUCCGGGAAGGCUAAAACACCCGAUCACACCUACGUUCACCUAAAGUACAAACAGGCUCUCUACUUGGCAACUUUGGGAGGCGCCAAGGCUCUCUCUCUUGACCAUCUGACUGGAAACUUUAUUGUGGGCAAGGAGUUCGAUGCUCUGCUGAUUGAUGUAAGCGUCGUUGAAAAGCCAGUGCGGCUGCUAAACGUUGACGAGCUUUUGGAGAAGUUUAUCUACACUGGAAGUGAUCGCAAUAUUCUGCAAGUCUUUGUGGCAGGCAAGCAAGUUAAGAAGGAUUAGUAAAACGAUAAGGCAUUAACAGCGGCAUAUAUAAAGAAUUUAUUUCUAUACAUAUAGAUAAUCGGUAAUACUUUAACGGAGUUUCGUGUUUUUCAUAUAACCGAUGUUUGUAUACUAUUAUGUACAGUAAAUUUUUUACACUGUAUAGUCGGAACAGUUGCAUUAAUAAACUUUGUAUAUUACUUUUAA